AAUGUUGAAUGAGGAUUGGCCAGUCUUUGACGUCAGUGAAUACUUAAUAAUUAGGAAGGCGGCUUCCGGCAAGGCAAGAGAGAACGCUGAAUUUUCUGUAGCCGGCAUUGUGGUUGACAACGUACCUUCUCAACCCAGUCCCAGGAUGUCUAAACGGAAACUGACUGACCCAGACGGGCCGGGAGUGUCAGACUUGGAUGAGUCUGACUCACAGGACGGUCUGGAGCAGGACCACAGCAGCACCUCCACACAAAGCUCGUCUGAGGAUGAAGAGGAUGAGAACUGUACAGAAGGGGAGAUGUACCUGACAAAGGACAUCCAUCCACUCACACCGCCAGACCCUAGUAUUGUUCCAGCACCAAUAUUGAAGAAAGGUAAGAAGGCAAAGGGAGGAAAGAUUGCGUUUGAUGGAGUCACAGUUUUCUACUUCAAACGGACUCAAGGCUUCACUUCUGUUCCCAGUCAAGGUGGAUCUACACUUGGUAUGUCAGCCCACCAUUGCCAUGUGCAGAAGUUUAGUCUGAAGGGGUAUGAGGAGGAACAGGACCGUAUUCACCAGGCCAUCAUCCGUCAUCAUAAGCAUCAGCAGCAGAUGGUGAAGCAGAUGGCGACUGACAGUUCUGAGUCACAGGGAGAGGAGUCCGAGUCUGACCCAGAGGACCCUGAUGACUACUACUUCCUGCAGCCUGUUGCCACCAAGAGGAGACGUCUCAUGCUCCGAGCAGCAGGAGUCAAGCGAAUUGACAGUAAUGAGAAAAGGGAGCUGCGGCAAAUCCGAAUGUCGCGAGAGAUGUGCGGAUGUAACUGUCAGGUGUACUGUGACCCUGAGACAUGUGCCUGCAGUAUUGCAGACAUUAAAUGCCAGGUAGAUAGAUUGUCCUUCCCAUGCGGCUGUACCAAAGAUGGCUGUGGGAACUUGGCAGGGAGGAUUGAGUUCAACCCUGUCCGAGUGCGUACCCACUUCAUCCACACCAUCAUGCGGCUGGAGCUGGAGAAGAAGCAGAACGGCCUCCACCCAAGAGGAGCGGGCGGUCUGGAGAAGGUGAAAACAGUUGUGAACGUGGUCAGAGAUAAUACUGACACUGGGGCUGUAGUUGGCCUGAAUGGUCAUACCGCCCAUGAUGAUAGGCUAGGAGAAACUCCCUCUGAUGGGGGCCUUCUGGUGUCUCCGGUUGUACAUGGACACUUAGAGGUUGCCUACCAGGUCCCCCAGGCUAGUUUCUCAAGCCCGGGAAGUUCUUCCUCCAGUGGAAACCUCUAUAGUCGUGUUCUAAACCCUCACUGUAACGGCACUAGUAUGUUACCCAGUGGUCUCCACUAUAAUGAUUCUGAUGAAGAAAAUACUAUUCAACAAAAAUGUGCCAUGUCAGCCGUUUACCAGUAUAAGAGUCCAGACACCUCUGACUCAGACAGUAGUGACAGUGAUAGUUAUGUGUAUGAAGAUCGUUCCAACUAUAAGUUGUCUUCGCCAUUAGAGCAGUGUUGUGUGGAAGAGCACGCAGCUCAGGAAACCCUUACAUCUCCAAAGAAUUCUUGCAUUCCUGACCUAUCUGAAGUAGAGUCUGAAAUUGAGGACAGAGUUGGAAAGAGUUACACUAAUCUGACGUAUGCUAAGCCAGCUGGAAGACUGGAGCCGCUUGGAGAUGUUCUGGACACGGAUGGACAGAUUGGAGGAGUCGAAACGGUCAGUCUCAUGCCAGACGAGAACUCCAAUCAAGAGAACAUUGUGCCAAUACCGCUGGAGACCAACUGCAUUCCGCUAACCGACAAUUCAACUACAACUUGUGAGCUGGAAAAGUUAGGAAUGGUGGAAUACGAAGAAGCUGAAGAAAAGAUUGGAACUCUAAGUGAGGAGAACCAAACUUUCAGUGAUGCGAUCAAGGCAUCGAUUGUGGAAACAGUCUCAGUGUAACGUUACUAAGAAAGGUGUCAGUGGUAUGAACCAAUACUUAACCGCAUUUUUUAAUGAACAGUAUAGUGACUGUAUCUACAUUUAGAGGGGCAUCUUUGUGAAUUCUGUGUGAAUUGUGUCUAUCUGUGCCCAAGCUACUUUUACAUGAUAGAAACAAAAAGGUCGAAAAGCUGGGCUAUUUUAUAACUACAAAGUGUCCAAUUGAUUAUGUCUCAAAGUUGCACAGUCUAUCCCUUGGCACCCUCACCAUUUUAACCUAUAUUGAACCUAUUUAUGAGAUGGUAGAGCCUUGUUGUUGUGGAAAGGUUGAUGUAACGUUACAUGUACUUGUAUUUAUUGUCUUUGAGCUGUCAUUGAAAAGGGUAGCAUGUAUGGAGACUUGACAAGCCUGUAAGCAAGGAGAUGGGGAUAAAGUUAUGAUUAUAUGAAUAGUACUUACUACUUAUACCAGUGUAAUAAGUCAUGUGCCCAAAGUAAACAGAUUAACACAAAAGUGGAUACAGAUUCUGAAGCAGACUGCCAAAUAUUAUGAAUGUAUAGAUCUCGGAAUCAUAAUUCUGCUUGAAGAGCUUAAAAUGCUUUUAAAUUCUGUACUAAAACAUCAAGCUUAGUUUCCUUUCCUUGGGACUAGGCUGGUUGUAUUUUGGGGAGGGGACAUGUGUGCUAAUGUCAGCUGACUGAUGUUCUAAAAUGGUGCUGAAUUUUGUUCAUAAUGUUGCAGUUAGAAAGUACAAUAUGCCCCAAACAUGUUAUGUUAUGAAAAUAUUUAGUUACAUAAUUACAACAAUCAUUUACACACAACAAUGUUUUAAACAUACCUCAAUCUUCAGUGAACAAGGGUAUAGUGUAGGUCUGUGUCAUCCCAGUUUGGUCACUAACUCGAUGUGUGAAAACUAUACACACUUGUAAAGGCCUGGUAACAACCCGCCGUACGUGCUUCUGCGUGCUGUCUACGUGCACAAACGUAGGCAAGCGUAGGGCAUCCGUGCGUGGUGAGUACCGCCUCC